AUGUCCACAUUAGCAAGACUUCGGCCAUUGUGGACCUUGAAUAUCAGACGUGUGCCACUGGUGUGGCAGGCCUGUAGACACUAUGCUACUGACAUAGAAGAUUUGAAAAAGCAAUCAGAUUCCACAGAAGUCGACAAUUCCGUUUCAGCAACUGGUGUCAUUGAUAAAAGGGGUAAUGAAGUAUUGCUAUAUUAUUCGUUCGCCACGUCUCGGAACUUUAUCAAGUCGUAUUUAUCACGACUUGCAUUGUUUGCCCCAAGAUAUUCGGAUGAUCAAGUGAAGAAAAAGGUUGAGCAGUUGUCAUCUCCCUUGCCUCAAGGAUCAACAUUGACUGAAGUUGUGGCAUUGGCCAGAGACUCAGGUGCAUUUGUCAAGUACCAAUUCCCUCAAGAUGAAACAGCAAGACAAUUUAUUGAUCAAAUUAGAAACAACGUUGCCAAGAAUGAGAAACAGCAAGAAAAUGCAAUUACUCGAGUAUUUGACUAUUUGACUGAUAGAGCUCCCAAAGUAUACAGUGUUAAAGGUGUUCCAUGGAUAGAAGAUUUAAAAAGAUUUCCUAGUCCUAAAUUAGCAAUCAAGUUUGAAGGUGAUCCAUUGACAGAGGAAGAGUUAUAUGUGUUGUUUAGAAGGUAUGGUUUGAUUGAUGAUAUUAAAGCUGAUCCAGCUGACUCAUCAGUUUUAUUCCACAAUAUUCGAGCAGCAACUUGUGCCAAACAUUGUAUUACUGGAAUGCUGUUGAACAAUGGUAAAACAACGAUUCAUAUUCAGUUCUCUCCAAUAAAGAGGAAGAAUUACUUGAUGGAUUUCAUCUCCAACCAUACCAAGAUUUCUAUCCCAAUUCUUUUGGCUCUCCUCGCAGGACUCGCGGUUAUGGUGUUUGAUCCAAUAAGAGAAUGGUUUAUUGAGUACAAGAUUACUCAUAGCAGACACUCGUUUGAUCAUUUUAAGCAAAACAAGAUUUUCCAAUUACUUUAUAUCCCAUACAAGACUCUUGUCAAUUUGGUGUCCAACAGUUAUGAUUACAUUGACACACAGCUUCAUGAAGUUGUUGGAACUAAAGAUGACGAUACACUGGACAGCCAAUCCAUGGAUGAGAUAAAAAAGGAGAGUAAUAUGUUUUGGAAAGAAAGAUUUGAAAAGUCCAAACAAUUGAAAUUGUGGAUAUUGGAGAAUUUGAACAGUUUUAUCAUUGUUAAGGGACCACAAGGUUCAGGUAAGGAGGAAUUUGUUUUGGAUCAUACAUUGGCUCCUGAUGAUCGAUUGAAUAAUAAGAUCUUGGUGAUUGAAUGUGAUAAAUUGAGUAAGGCAAGAUCAGAGAAUAGUUUGAUUGGAAGUACUGCUUCUCAAUUGGGAUAUUUCCCUGUUUUCACAUGGACAAAUUCAAUUUCCCAAUUUGUCGAUUUGGCAGUGCAAGGGUUGACGGGACAGAAAUCGGGUUUGAGUGAGAGUAAGGAGACCCAGAUUAAGAAUAUGUUUUCAUUGGCUACUCAAUCAAUCAGACAUAUAUGUGAAACUGAUUACCAGAAAUAUGUUAAAAGUGUUGAAAGAAGGAAUAAGAAGUUGAAAGAUGAUGAAAAGAUUGAGCUUUUGAGACAAGAGGAUUUCUUAUCACAACAUCCAGAGUCAAAACCAAUUAUUGUGGUUAAUAAAUUUUCCAGAAGAGCCGAUGUUCAUCUGAAUGACUUCAUAUAUCCAUUGAUUGCUGAAUGGGCAUCAGGAUUAAUACAAAAUAAUAUUGCUCAUGUUAUCUUCCUUACGGCUGAUGUUGGCUCGUUACACCAUUUGAAUGAAGCUUUACCUAACCAAGUGUUUAAAGAUAUUUCAUUAAGUGAUGCAUCAAUGACGAGUUCGAAACAAUAUGUGUGUGAUGUACUCAAUGUCAAAGAUAAUUCUGCAUUGAGCAGUUGUUUAGAACCAUUAGGUGGAAGAAUGUUAGACUUACAAGCAUUUAUACGUCGUGUUAAAUCAGGCGAGGAUCCCGAAAAUGCAGUGACGGAAAUGAUUACUCAAGCUGCUGAGUUAAUCACGACAUUCUUUUUAAGUAGUCAAAAAGUGGAUAAUGGUGAUAAUAAUUGGAAUUCAGCUCAAGUUUGGCUUAUUAUGAAAUUAUUGCUGAAAAAGGAAGCUGUUACUUACAAUGAUUUGAUUAAACUGCCAUUAUUUAAAUCAUCAAAGGAAACAAUGGAUACAUUGACAACAUUGGAAAAAUUUGAUUUGAUUUCAUUGAAAAGAGAUAAGGGAGUAUUGAAUAAGAUUACCACCGGUAGACCAUUGUUUAAAGCUGCUUUUGAAAAUAUAAUUGGAGAUUUAAGAAUUUGGAAAUUAUAUGAAACUGAUUAUUUAACCAAUUUGAUUAAUUUAGAAGUGACCAAAAUUCAAAAAUUGGAGACUGAAUUGAGUGGAAUUUAUAAGAUUAAUAAUAAACUAGAUGGUCGUAUUGAUUAUUUGUCUAAAAAGAUUGAAGCUUCAAAUAAAAAGAUUGUUGAUUAUGAAAAGGAAAUUGCUGAUAUUGCAUCUUAUCAAGGUGAUGCUAAAUCUCGAUCAUUUUUGGGAAUAUUUUAA